AUAAAUAAUUUUCACUGAAAAAACGUGCAAUUCUGGGCUAGUUUUAAUCGAAAUUACAUGAGGUGCUCUCGAGCGUUGGCAACCCUGCCUGCACCAAAACAAAUCACAAAAUGGCCGAUGAAACUUUGCCUGCCGGGUGGGAAAAACGUUUGAGCCGUUCCACGGGUCAACACUACUACCUCAAUAUCUACACAAAAGAGUCCCAAUGGGAUGUCCCAGACAAACCAGCCGAGCCAGUCCAGACCUCUGGACCGGAACAGGUCCAGUGCUCCCAUUUGCUGGUAAAACACAAAGAUUCCAGACGUCCGUCUUCCUGGAGGGAAGAAAACAUCACCCGAACCAAAGAUGAGGCGUUGGAACUCGUAAAAUCUUACCGAGAACAAAUUGCCCAGGGAAAGGCCCCAUUUGCCGAGCUGGCCUCGAAAUAUUCGGACUGCAGCUCGGCCAAAAGGGGCGGCGACUUGGGGCCCUUUGGGCGGGGGGCCAUGCAGAAGCCCUUCGAGGACGCCUCAUUUAGUCUCAAGGUGGGCGAACUGUCCGAUCCAGUAUUCACCGAUUCGGGUGUUCAUAUUAUCUUGCGUACCGUCUAACGUCUUCGAUUUUAUAAUAAUAAUAAUAAUAAUAAUAUGUCUAUUUUUUAAGGUGUUAUUGUUUAUUUUUAUUAAUAAUUAUUUUAUAAGUCAGUUUAGUAUGUUUUUAUUUCGAAGAAAUGGUUUCAUUUUGUUUCACACCAAAAACGAAAUAUCGGAGCAAUAAAGCUUAUUUGAACGA